AUGACUAAACGAACCUGUACAACUAUGCAUGACUGGCUGGCUGACAGUAAAAAAGGCCAAAACGAUGGCGAAAAUAAGGUACACGCUCGGUGGUAUAGCGUUGGCAAAGAUCUGAUGGUUCUUGAUUUCGGUAACACUAUUCAUUGUGCAGAUGUAGCAGCUUUCGAUUUUGAUGGUACCGUGAUAGUAACGAAGUCAGGCAAAGUAUUUCCUGAAAAUGAACAUGACUGGCAAUUUUUUUGUGAAUCUGUACCACAACUGUUGGCCGAAAUUGCUGGGAAAAAUUUCAAAGUGGUGAUCUUUACAAAUCAGCGAGGUAUACAAACGGGAUCCCAAGAUCGUGAAGCUUUCUGCAGGAAAAUGGAAAGAGUAUGUCAGCAAAUCAAGCUUCCCAUACAGAAUAUCUGUUCCUUAUGCAUUAGGCUGUUAAAUGUCGAUGUGGGGAGGAGUCGGGACUGUUGCAAACCACGAACAUGUUUCCAGUCUACUGAUGGUGACAUAGUGCAAAAAUAUGAUUCAGUACAUUUUGUUGAGGUAUUUGUCUCUCUGGGGACACUGCAGUACCGUAAGCCAUAUAUUGGUAUGUGGAAUUAUUUCGAAAAUCAUGGAAAUGGCGGUAUUGCAAUCAAUCGACAGUCAUCAUUUUAUGUUGGUGACGCUGCAGGUCGCGUGCAGACGAAUAUUCGGAAAAAAAAGGAUCAUUCAGCUGCUGAUCGUUUAUUUGCUUUGAAUUUUGGUGUUAACUUUUUCACACCGGAACAAUAUUUCUUGAAGCAGGUAGAGGUUGAAGAUUUUACAUUACCAUCUUUUUCAUCGUCAUCUCUGUUGGAUGAGAAAGUUAACUUGUUUGAUCCAGAAAAUACCCCGAUACCAGGUAAUGGUUUGGAAAUGCUCAUAUUCGUUGGCUAUCCCGGAUGUGGUAAAAGUAAUUUAGCACAAAAAUUAGCGGCAGAACAUGGAUAUGGUAUAGUGAAUCGAGACACAUUGAAAACUUGGCAAAAAUGUGUCGAGCUUGCAAAAAUUCUUUUGAAGCGGCGGCAAAAUGUUAUUAUUGACAAUACUAAUGCGGACAGAGAAUCGAGAAAACGAUAUAUCAGCCUUGCUAAAUCAUUUGGAGCUAGUUCGAGAUGCUUUUUGUUCAACUGUACAUUGGAACAAGCUGCACAUAAUUGCAAAUAUCGGGUUAUUGUUGACGCAGAUGAAAAACAUGCUGAAAUUGGCCGAGUGAUUUCUGCGAAGUUACUGGCCAAUCAAUUUAUAAAUGUUAUAUUUGAGGAACCGAAAUUAUCAGAAGGAUUUUCAUCAAUUGUGAAAGUAAAUUUCGUGCCGAAAUUUGAUUGCCGUGAACAUGAAGCAAUAUAUCGGAUCAGGUGUGUUGAGCUCUUUCGUAACCAGGAAUUCCUCUCUUUAGAAUGGGUGGAGUUUGAAGGUGGUCCAGACGAAGGAAUGCGGAUGACAGAUGUUACUGCACUAGGGAAGCAAUAA